GCGCGCGGGUAGGUGAGCGCAGCUGCGGCCGCAGCGACGCUCCCUUAAGACCGCCAGCCGCACUGAGCAGCCCGUCGCUCUGCAACAUCCCGCGGUGCUCACGAUGUCCCUAAGAAGCAGCCUCUCGCGUCUCCGGACGCAAGUGCAUUUCGUCCUGAGAAGGUCCGUCCACUCCGUGGCUGUGAUCGGAGCCCCGUUCUCACAGGGGCAGAAAAGAAAAGGAGUGGAACAUGGCCCUGCUGCGAUAAGAGAAGCUGGCUUGAUGAAAAGGCUCUCCAACUUGGGCUGCCGCCUAAAAGACUUUGGAGAUUUAAGUUUCACUCCAGUCCCCAAAGACGAUCUCUACAACAACUUGAUAGUGAAUCCUCGCUCCGUGGGCCUCGCCAACCAGGAACUGGCUGAGGUGGUGAGCAGAGCAGUGUCGGGCGGCUACAGCUGUGUCACCGUGGGAGGGGACCACAGCCUGGCAAUCGGUACCAUCAGCGGCCACGCCCGGCACUGCCCAGACCUCUGUGUGAUCUGGGUGGAUGCCCACGCGGACAUCAACACCCCCCUCACCACUUCAUCUGGAUGUCUGCACGGACAGCCGGUUUCAUUUCUCCUCAGAGAACUACAGGACAAGGUACCACAGCUCCCAGGAUUCUCCUGGAUCAAACCUUGUAUCUCUUCCCCAAGUAUUGUGUAUAUUGGUCUAAGAGAUGUGGACCCUCCUGAACACUUUAUUUUAAAGAAUUAUGAUAUCCAGUAUUUUUCUAUGAGAGACAUAGACAGACUUGGUAUCCAGAAGGUCAUGGAACAGACAUUUGAUCUGCUGAUUGGCAAACGACAAAGGCCAAUCCAUCUGAGUUUUGACAUCGAUGCAUUUGACCCGACACUGGCUCCAGCCACAGGAACCCCUGUUGCAGGGGGACUGACCUAUCGAGAAGGCAUGUAUAUUACUGAGGAAAUACACAAUACAGGGCUGCUCUCAGCGCUGGAUCUCGUGGAGGUCAAUCCUCGUCUGGCUGCGUCCGAGGAGGAAGCCAAGGCCACAGCUGGCCUGGCAGUGGACGUGAUUGCUUCGAGUUUCGGGCAGACGAGGGAGGGCGGGCACAACGUCUACGACCAACUGCCUACUCCCAGUUCCCCGCACGAAUCAGAAAGUGAAGAACGUGUGAGGAUUUAGAAAGCACUGUAUGCUGGCACGCGUCUGUCACGUCGGGCAUUGGAGUUAUGCGGUGUUUGAGGGGACAGAGACUACAUGGUCAUCUGGGUCAAUACUGCCUUAAUGAGAACAUUUGCAUAGUCUCACAAAGUUUCCUCCUCCAU